AUGAUGGACGUCCUCGAGAAAACAACAACUGAGAUCAAUCACCUUCAUGGAAGCGAGAUUGCCCAGGUUACUCGAUCCUCGCUGACUGAUGAAGAAGGAAGAGGAAAGAGGUCGCUUUUGGGGAUCGGACUCUUUCAUAUCGAUCUUGUUGACUCGAUCCAAUAUGCUGGCGUUCCUGUCAAUGUGACCAUCAACGGCAAGACACGGUGUCAGGGUUAUAUCCCUACCAUCGUCAAUAAGUGCGGCUAUUACUUGAAGGAACACGCGACACAAACCCGAGGCAUCUUUCGGGUGAGCGGCUCUGCCAAACGAGUCUCUGAAUUGCAGAUCAUCUUCGACACCCCUCCCAACUAUGGAAGCCAGCUGGAAUGGACAGGGUUCACAGUCCACGAUGCCUCAAACGUCCUCCGCCGAUACCUCAACCACCUCCCCGACCCCGUCAUCACCCUCGAGUACUACGAAAAAUUCCGUGAUGUCCACCGCAAUCUAACGGACGAUGAGGAAAAGAUCAUUGCAUAUCAGGAAUUAAUUAGCAAACUGCCACCCCCGCAUGCAUGUCUUCUCAUGUACCUAUUGGACCUCCUGUCGGUCUUUGCGCACCACAGCGAGGAGAACCUAAUGGACUCUAAAAACCUGGCAUCUGUAUUUCAACCUGGCGUAAUAUCACAUCCCAACCACGCCAUGUCACCAGGAGAGUACAUGACUUCGGCAGGCGUUCUCAAAUUCCUGAUCGACAACCAGAGCAGUUUCACCAUGCCCAAGCCCAACAUUGACGAAGAUGAUGAGGAGAUGAUCAACUUUGGACUCGGAAGCCCGUCUCAAGGCCGUUUACCUGCACACGGUCCACCUACACGAGGGUUGACAUUUAGUGGAGGAUAUGUUACUGCAGCUGACCACGAACGGAUCUAUGGUUCCAUGUCUGGACCAGGAGUCACCCUCGAUCCAGAGGAUGCUGCCAUCAAACGGCGACUGUCCUUGCAGAGGCCUACUAUACCCCGCCCAUCAUUGCCUGGCAACACCCCACAACGGAGUCACUCAACCACCUCCAGCACAAGCAGUCAUCACAGCCACUCCAACGUCUUUUCGUCGACAUUUAUUGCACGGAGGCGGUCCAGUAGGAUGUCAAGGACUGGGUCCAAAUUGCUGAGCGAAAGCGAUCUUCAGGCUAUUGCCUCAGAGACAGUCCAAGAUCUGUCUGAUAUCCCAGAGAACCCAAGGUUGGCCGAGGACAAAGUCGGACCCUUGCAGCGGACCUCAUCGAUUCGUAAAGCAAGCACAUCCCCUGUCAUCCCGUCAGAGGAUGCUGGCGACGACUUUUCAUCAUAUCUCAACCUUCGGAAGCAACUCAAGAGCGAGGGAUUGCAUCGCGAACCAUCCGUCUUUUGCCAGACGGUUGAGAUCCAGUUUCCGGCGCCUCCUGUUCAAACGGAACCUGCUAAUUUCAAACCGUCGCCACCAACAAACUCUCUUCUUCCUCCAUCUGCCUCUACCCUCCCACCUGCUCCCAUGAAAUCACCACCUACCCACUCGUCAGAACGGUCGAAGAAAAGCUUCGGCGAGCCAUUACUAAGAGCCGGCAGAAACAUUCCUGUCCCAUCAACCACAGCCCAUGUUCACAUCCCGGAUCGUCCACUUUAUCAACACGAUGAGGGUUACAUUGCUCCUCCACCGCCUUCGCAUCAUCAAGAGGGGCCACGACUUGGUCUGGGAUUGAGGCGGAUUUCGGGCGCAGGACAGAGCGCUCAGAACAUGAUGUCGGACCACACCGGCGGCGUCGCCCGGCAGCGACAUAUUAACCCAGGCAUGGCAAUCGCUAGAGCCAAGAGCAACCCCGGAGACCUUGUCAGUACUGGAUCACGAAACGCAGCACAUGGCACCUCCGGAGGCCUUGGUGGUGGAAAUCAGGCUAUGGAGAAAUUCAAGGGCCUCUUCUCUGGCAGGAACAAGGACCACGAUACUGGCUCGGGAAAGGACGGCGACUUCAAGCCUGAAAAGCGACGCGAGUCGCUGACAGACAAGCAGCGCAAGUACAGGAGUCAGGAAGUGACGUUGUCCCAGCUUCAAGGCACGCCAGGAUCUGGUUGGCGGGGACCAGUGACGAACCAGACUAUUAAUGAAAACGAUGGCGUCAAACCCGAGCGGCCUUAUGUUCAGCCACCGCCACCAAUUCCUCGAGAGUCUCCUCAACGGCCUGCUCCUCCUCCACCCGAGGGAUCUCUAAUGGAUCUUCUUGACCUUCCUCAGAGAAUUGGCCAUUCCUCUGGAUACACAUCUUCCUCGGGCGGCUCUCGAUCCGGCUCACCCUCGCAUGGAGCAUCUUCCAGGCGCGCCCUCCCUACCAACUCAUCGUUUACCUCGGUGUCAUCGGCCAGUCCGACGCCAAGUGCAGAUCGAUUAUACCAAGGACGGGGUCUGGUCUCUCAAGGAAGCUCGGCAUCACUCGAGCCUGCCGCUCCUGGCGAUGCCUCACGCCCGCCUCAGCGUUCACCAAGAAACCGAUACUCGCCACAGUUUGACUCUCUCCAUCAAGGUCACCUCCCUUCGGAUCACCUUCAACAGCAACACCAACAACACCUUUUACCAUACGGAUCUUCACGCCCAUACCAGCACUCUGGACACAGCCCUGACCUCGGAUACGACCACGAGGAAGGACAUCCAUUUGCGCCUCCACCUCCUCCUUCACACCUUUACGAUUCUUCACCCAGGAGCAGGCAAGGGUCCUUUGGAUCCAACCACACCUAUGACUCUACUAAUAACGCACAACAACUGCCACCACCCGUACCGACACCUAAAUCCAGGGAGCGUAAGUCUCCUCGUGAAGGAUCAACUUCUUCCUUCCGGGGGGACGCGACACCGCCACGAGCCCGGAGCAACUCUUCAAGGAACUCUUCGCCCGUCAACUCGCCUUCACUCAAGCCGUUGGUCCGAAAUGUCUCUCAUCAGAACGCAACAGGAACACAUGGUUCUGGCGGCGGAAACCACCAUGCGCCUUCUCCUCUCGCCGAGGGUCUAGGAAAUGGAUCUGGAUCUGGGCACUACGUCAGCUCAUCUCCCUCCAGUCGAGCUCGGAGCCGCGCGCAAAGUCGCGACGAGAACCAUUUCCUCCAACGGACGGGCACUGGCAGCAGUAUUGGCGGGGGAUCUGCAGCACAGAGGAGCUAUGAACGUGAACGAAGUCGGUCUGCGGCUGCACUCACCGCUUCUUAUGUCCCUUCUCCUUCUCCCACUCCAUCCCACCCUCAUCCUCACCAGCACCAGCAUCAACAGCAACACUCUUCCAGCAGCAACAACUCUCCUUCACUCUAA